UUAGUUCAAGGAAAACAUCGAUACUACAAUGGUCACAUUGGCCAGUCUGAGCCCUGCGCUGAGUUCUAAACCACAUUACAUCUUAAAUAAUCAAAGUUAAGGGCAUAUAAAAUGUAUAAUCAGCUAAAUCCCAAGAAUCCCCGUCCCAUCUGAUAAUUCCAACAGUUAGUGGUGCGUGUGUAGUGUAAUAAAAACCGAAUUAACUGCAACGCAAUUGUAAUGGCGACGAGAAGUCCGAAGAAAAACGAAUGCCAAUGAGCGAGUGCUAAAAAAAACAGUAUAGUGGACCUGCAAACAGUUGCUGCCAAGCUCAAUAGAAUUAUUAAAAUAAACAAUAUAAUAAAGCCACCAAAAACACACGAUCAAUCACACAUCCGCACAGAUGAGACAUGCGAAUAGUGCAAAUGAUAAUAAUCAUAAGCAGCAGCAGCGGACGCAGCAACAAGAAACUAAAACAAUAGUAGUGAAACAACAGUUAAACAACUGCAAGCAACAACAGUUUUUUCAGCUCGUGUGCGAUUAGUACUAAACAGCAGCAAGAGCAGCAGCAGCGGCACGAGCAGCAACAGCAGCAGUAGCGUCUGCGGUAGCAGCGGCAUACACAUCAGCAUGGCUAGGAAACAUUGUCUCUCAUUGGAGCUGGCAUUGCUGGGUCUUUGUUUAAUAUGCCAUCCGGCGGCCAUUGAUGCCCAUGUCCUCGUUUACAGACGCACUACCUCACAGCUGAUUGAGGAGUUCAACGAUUUGCCAGCUUCAUUCGGACCCCCUAUUGUGGACAAUAAUCUUCGGGUAUUUGUGGUGCCACAUGAUCCCAAAGAUCCGUAUGGUUGUAAUAAUUUAAGCAAUCCACCGCGCUACAGCUAUCCAAACGGCGCAAAGUUUGUGGCGAUCCUCUCGCGAGGAGGUAACUGCACAUUUGAACGAAAGGUUCGCGUAGCUCAGGAGGCAACGUAUUCCGCUGUAAUUAUCUACAACAAUGAAGGCGAUGAACUGGAACAAAUGACCGCCAACAACAAAUCAGGCAUAAAUAUACCCUCCGUUUUUGUGGGCAUCACGACCGGCAAAACAUUAUUGUCUUUCUUUACACCAGAAGUGGUGCUGAUUAUCAACGAUGAGCUGCCCUUUAAUAUCAACACACAACUGAUAUUGCCGUUUUCCAUACUGAUUGCAUUAUGUUUUCUUAUUUUGAUUGUCUACAUGAUAUAUAAAUGCAUACGGGAGCAGCGCCGUUUGCGUCGACAUAGGCUACCCAAGAGCACGCUUAGAAAGAUACCAGUGCUGCGAUAUACAAAGAAUAAUACCACCAUUAAGUACGAAACCUGCGUUAUUUGCCUCGAAGACUUUGUUGAGGACGACAAGCUACGCGUGCUGCCCUGCUCGCAUCCUUAUCACAGCCACUGUAUUGAUCCUUGGCUAACUGAGAACCGUCGCGUCUGCCCCAUAUGUAAACGGAAGGUUUUUACGAAGGGAGAAACACGUGCGAGUCGGAAUCGACAGCCUUCCUUAGAUAGCGAUGACGAUACCACACCGUUGUUGCAGCAGCAACCGCAGUCAGUAUCUGCUGCAGGCUCGGCGGCCGGUGGCAGUAACAGCGCCAGCAUCAAUUCUGCAUCAUUGGCAGAAGGCACCACAAGACAUGGGACAUUUAGACGUGGCGAUGCAGAACGCACUCUCAACGCCGCACAGGAGAAUCAAAGCUCUGACGAUGAGAAUGCGCUACUGGAUUCCACACCUCAGACUAGUGUAUCGUCAUCUUUUCAACGACGCGUCAAUCCUUUCGAUCGGGCAAUAAAUUUGCCACCACAUUUGGCAAAUCAACUGAAUCAGCCAAGGCCCUCACUUUGGUCGCGCCUUAACUUUAGCUCCCUAUUUCGCCGUGACUCCACAGGUAUUAGUGUUGCAGCGCCGCCUUAUCUCGAUCAUGUUGAGGCCGGUACAAGUGAGGUAGCUAUUCGGGGUACAACAGAGGCAGCCCAAAUUACCGGUAUCUCCAAUCCUACAUCGAACAACAUACUGAAUCCGAAUUUAAGCGGCUCUUUCAAAGAUGAUGACGAUAUGCCACCGCAUCGUUCAAUUUACGAACCUAUUGCAAUCAGUGCGCCCACAACAGAGCAAGGUGUCUCUACUGGUGCGGCCGCCGUUGCUGACUCGGCGUUUCUACAGACGCCCACGCAGGGCGGCAUUGGAGUUGCUGCGCUACCCCAUAGCGGCACAGAUCGCCAAUUUCUAAUAUGAAUAGAGGCGAACAAGAAAGUAUAGUAAUUUUCUAGGACAUAGUUCACACCAAGCAGGCAAAUCGACUAAAAGAAAUCCCAUUUGUGGGAGUAGUAAAGUAGAAGUCGCUUGUAAGUGGCGAAGUUGUGGCUGCCAGCUGCUUUGUUUUAAACAAUUAACAAGUGUUUACCCUUUAUACACAUACUAUGUAAUUGUAAUUGUAUUUGUAAUCAUCAUUGUCAUGAAUCAUGGAUCAUGGAUGAUUAUGGUUUGCAUCGCAGUACACAUUACACUCACACAUACACACAUAUACAACAAACAAACAUAAAUAUGCGUAUACAAAUUGUGAUUUAUUUUAUAUACCUUAUAUAUUAUUAACAUUAUUGGCUUGUAUAACUAAAGUCGAAACAAAACAAAACUAAAAUGAAAAGGAAAAUACCAUUUACCUUCGUAUAAGAUUGAAAUUGUUUACCUGAUUCUGAUUACGUAUUUAAAUUUUGUUUGUUUUAACCACUCAACACUCCAAGAAAAAUCAAGUCAGAAAACAAAAAAAUAAUCAAACAUGUGUAAUUAAACCUAUUAAUAGCCACUAGUUUUAAUGUGCACGUGAAAGUUGUUUUCAGGCCAGGAACUCAAAGCUUUCAUCAAUCAAAAGCAAUCGAUUCAUUGAUUUUGUAUGAUGUUACCGUAUAUUUAACUAAUUUUAAGUUUUGCUUUGUAAUAUAUAUUCAAAUUCUCCAAAUUCGAUUUUUAUAAAAAUGGCCAUACGAAUAAUGAAAAAAAAGUGUUAAGAACUACGUACUUUGUAGAAUUGAAAGUUUCGAAAUCAUAAGCUUUAAGGUAAGUGCUAGUUUGUGAUUAUUUUCUUAAAAAUAAUAAAUAUAAAAGAAUCAACAUUAACUGAUGAAAACUGUUCACAACUAUGAAUAUAAAUAUUGUAAAACGGAAUCAAUUAAAUAUAAAGACAUUAUAACAAUUGUGUUUCAACGUGUAAUCUACAGUUAAUUUACAAUAAACUAAACGUAAUUGA